AAUCAAAAUUAUAAAAAAUAAUUCUCACAAAGUAGUUUUAGCGAUUUUAAACUAAAUAUGGACAUUAAUUUUGAGGGUAAACGUAUCCUUGUUACUGGAGCAUGUCAAGGGAUCGGAAGGGAUGUCAGUAUCAGGCUAUCCCAAUUUAAAGGGACAGUGAUAGGAUUAUCUCACAUGCAGAGCCAACUUGAAACUUUGAGAAAAGAAAAUCCAAAUAUAGAAACUGUGUGUGUGGAUCUUCGAAAUUGGGACGACACUAAAAACGCCGUUCAAAGUGUUCUACCGGUUGACUUAUUGGUUAAUAGUGCAGGAGUUAUUUACAAUAAACCUUUUUUGGAUGCUACAGAGGAUGACUUUGAUCAGACUUUUGCAGUAAAUGUCAAGGCGAUGAUGAAUGUUUCUCAAGUUGUUGCUAAGGAUAUGAUCAAACGGAAAAUUUUUGGUGGAAGUAUUGUAAACUUGUCUUCUCAAGCGAGUGAAGCUGCUUUAAAAGAUCAUAUAGUUUACUGUUCUUCCAAAGGAGCAGUGCAAAUGAUGACGAGAACAAUGGCCCUGGAACUUGGUCCACAUAAUAUUCGUGUGAAUUCUGUGAACCCAACGGUAGUUUUAACAGAAAUGGGCAAACUUGCUUGGAAAGAUCCGGAAAAGGCUAAAAAUAUGCUCAACAAGAUUCCUCUAGGACGUUUUGCUGAGGUCGAAGAUGUUGUAGAUUCUAUUGUGUUUUUACUAAGCGAACGAAGUUCCAUGAUCAAUGGAAUCGCCUUGCCAGUUGAUGGAGGAUUUUUAGCUACAUAGGAAUUUUUCAAUUUAUUAUAAAUCCCUGAAAUGAUGCCAG